AUGCUAAGUUUUGCUGAUAUCAUAGCUCAGGCUAAGGAGGAGGAUGUUGCUUUAGUGCAAGAUAAAGAUAUAUUCUACUUAGUUCUCAAUACAGAACAAAACUUUUUAACUUAUUCAUUGAUUGAUAAAGUCCAUAGAUUUCUUGACUAAAUUGAAAAUACUCCAGGUGCUGGAUGUCUAGUGACGAUCGGAACAAAAAAAUUCUUCUCCACAGGCUUUGAGCUAAGUCAUUGGAUGAAGGACUUUAAUGAAGCAUAUGUUCAAACCUUAAUUGCUUAAAAAUUAUUCGCAAGAAUCCUUACAUUUGAAAUACCUACUCUUAGUGUUUUCAAUGGACCUGCUAUAGCUGGUGGACUUUUGUUAGGACUGGCCCAUGAUUUUAGAAUAAUGAAAGAAGAUAAGACUUAUGUCUGUUUGUCAGAAAUUAACUUGGGAUUUUCAGUACCUUCUGGAUUAUCUCAGCUAAUAAAGAAUUAAGUUCCUCCUAAAUCUUCAAAGAAUUUGAUAUAUGGUGGCAGAUUCAAUAGUUAGUAAUCAUUAAAAUUGGAUGUGGUUGAUUAAUUAUUCAAAGAUGAAGCUUAAAUGAUGACUCAAAUAAGGGAAUUUGCAAAAGAAUAUGCACCUAAGGGCUAGCAUAGAUCAUCACUUAGAGAUUUGAAAUAAAAUAUUCACAAGAAUACCUAUAGAGAUUUGUUAAAUGAAGGUCUUACCUUAGGUAUUGUUUAAACAAAAUCAGGUCCUAAGCUUUGA